AAACUUUCGAACUCCCUGCUCAAAAAAAAAAACUUUCGAACUCCGAUCCCCACUCGCUCGGCCGCUCCGCGUCCGCACCCCGCCCGGCGGCCGCCCCGCGCCUCGCCUCCGGAUGAACCCUAACCCAAGCUGACGGCCACCGCCGCAGCCAUGGAGGCGCCGAUCAUGCAGGCCUUCGAUCGCCGGGACGCGGCGGAGGCGCAGAUGCGGUAGCAGGCGGCGUCCUACUCCCAGACCGCCGCCCGCGCCCUCCUCGCUGCGGGCCACCUGCCCCCGCCGUGGCUCCUCCCGCACCCCGCCGCGUUCGCGGCCCUUGAGUGCCGGGGCGCGAGCGCGGCAGAGGCGUAGGUGCGUCAGCAGGUGGAGGCCUACUCCCAGUCCCUCGCCCGCGCUCUCGUCGGCGCCGGCCACCUGCCUCCGCCGUGGCUCCUCCCACCCGACGCCGGCGAUGGGGCCUUGGAGCUCCGGGACGGGGCGGAGGAGCAGAUGCGCCAGCAGGUGGUGUCCUACUCCCAGUCCCUCGCCUGCGCCCUCCUCGCCGCCGGCCACUGCCCCCCGGCGUGGCUCCUCCAGGCCCCCGCAGACGUCGCGACCGAUGGAAAUUCGCUGCUUCAGAAUGACGCAUUGCAUUCUGUUGAUGCUGGUUUCGAUGAAGCACCUCAUCCUGCCACCAGUACGUCACCACAAAAGGAAAAAUCACACGCUGCCGAAACUGAACCUCCUGAAGACCCAAGGUCUAUUGGUACCCAACUGCUUAAGCCUGGUUCAUUUCACUCAGUUAAACCUAAUAAUCUAGAAAGCAUUGAUAGUGUAGUUGCAACAAAUCCGGAAAAUGACCCAAUUGAAACAAGUGCUGAAAAUGAUUCAAAUUCAAUUGAUAGUGCUGAAAAUGAUUCUCUUGGAUUACCACAUUCUAUGGUUAGUCUUCUGGUUGAGAAGGAAACGCUGCACUCUGAUGAAGAUAAUUUUCUGGAAGGAAGUAACUCCAUGGCUAGUCUAUUGCUUGACAAGGAACCAAUAUUAACUGAUUCUCUUGAAAGACCACAUCUGAUGGUCAGUCCUCUGCUUGAAAAGGAUACACUGCACUGUGUGAAUAUUAAUCAUCGUGAAGAACAUUAUGCCAUGCCCAGUGUACUGCUUGAUAAGGAGAUAACGGAUGCUGCUGAAUUAGAAUCUUUUGAAGGGCCAAGUUUUAUGGUCAGCCCUUUACCUGAAAAUGAUUCAUUGCACUCAAAUAAACCCAAUUUUCUGGAAGGAUAUGCUUGUCUAUCCCAUUCACCGCCUGAAAAUGAUGCACUUGACACUGCUGAAAAUGUUCAUACUGAAGUAUCGCAGUGUACAACCAGUCUUCAGGUUGAAAAGGGUACACUGCACUCUGCUGAAUAUGUUUAUAUUGAAGUAGCACAUGAUACAGGAAGUUCCAUGUCUAGUCCGUUGACUGGAAAGGGAUCAACAUGGGCUGAUUCUCUUGAAGGAUCACAUGGCAUGGUCAUCCCACCAGUUGAAAAGGAUAUGCUGCAUUGUGCUGAAACUGAUUUUCUUCAAGGAACUUACUGUAUGCCCAGUCUACUGUUUGAUAAGGAAGCAGGACACACUUCUGAAACCAUUCCUCUUGAAGGACCUUUUUGUUUGGUCAGUUCAAAGGAUCCCUUGAACACAACUGAUCAUACUGGAAAAUUAAGAAAAAGGAGCAGUCUUUUUGAUAUAUGCAACAAUGAAAGCUCAAGAACUCUUGAACAGCAAAGCUCAAGAUGUCAUGUGCUACCUAUUCCAAUCAAUGAAUCUACUCUGCAGCCUUAUCAAUUGGCUGAUAAUACUUCUGAGGCACAGGAUGUUUGUACCUGGAAUGACAUAGAUAUAUCUGCAAGGCCAGAAGCUCCAAGUGCUGCUUCAUGUAAGAGUGCAAGAGUAUUGCACACCACAGAAAGGAACAGUAGAAUGUCAGCAGGCAAAAGCUUAACUGGUCUACAACAUCAUGACACAGAACAGAAGGUAUGCUUUUUCGGUAAUGCCAUGGAACUAAAUGCUGAUUCUUGCGCAAUAGUCAGUGAUAACCAAAACAAGUCUCCUCAACCUUCUGCCCAGCCCUUAUGCAGUUCAGGAUCUAGAAAGAAGUUUUCUUCACUCAUGUCAGAAAUGUCAGAUGUUCAAGGAACUAACUCCAUGGCUAGUCUAUUGCUUGAAAAAGAACCAACACUAAGUAAUUCACUUGAAGGGCCACAUUUCCUGGCAAGUCCACUGCUAGAGAAGGCUAAAUUGCAUUGUGUUCAAACUGAUCUUGACAAGCUUAUGCCAAAGUAUACAGAUGAUGGUGAUGCUUGUCAGAUCAGCCUUUGUUCUUCAGGAACAAUAAUUAGUCACAAUGGUUACAGUAACGGUUUGUUAGACACUAACAUGCUGGAUCGAUGUUAUGAUAGCAAGAAAUCCGGAGUUAACGGCAAAUAUAGUUUGGAUUUUGAUGGUGCAUUUAUGAUGUCCGAUGACCUUACUUAUGGUGUCCAAGAGGAUUGUGAUAUUCCUUUGAGCCUUUCAGUUGAGAAGUUUAACCUGGAAAAGCUAUCUAGAAGAACUGGAUCAAGUUCAAAUUAUUUGGGCUCUAUACCAGAAAUAGGCUGCUUUAGAAUUGAUGAAGAUAGGACCAUUCUAGGGGAAAAGGAGAAUCAAGUGAAAUUAUCAAUUCCUGUCGGUAGAAAUUAUUCAAGGCAAUGUUUGGCUGCCAAAAAGCCGCUUGGGUAUGCUACCGACAUAAAUGAAAGUAAAGGAACAAGUAGCCUAGACUUAACAGCUGGAAAAUCUUACACAAGGAAGCCUGAUCGGCAUGUGAAUAUCAGAGUUAACCAGGACAUAAAGAACCUGAAGGAGAACCGUACUUCUUCAAUUAGGAAAGCGGGGAAAGUGACUCAUCCGCUCCUUGACAGACUAAGCAAGACAGAAAUGUUGUUGAGUGAAAGGAACAGAAGCAAAACAAAUAUUGAAAAAGGAUGCAGGCCUAGGAAUAUAAUAUCUAAUGUGACAUCAUUUAUACCACUUGUAAAACAAAAGCAACGAUCUCUGACAUCAUGCAUCAAAAGAGAUGUUAGAGUGAGGGCACUUGAGGUGGCUGAAGCUGCAAAGCGUCGAGAAGAGAAGAAACAAACUGAGCGUGAAAAGCGCAAAGCAGCUGUGGAAUUAGAGCGUGAAAGAUUAAAACAAGAGAAAGAGCACAGACAGAAACAAGUGGAGCAGCAGAAGAAAACGUGUGCAGACAUUAUUACUAGAAAGAGGCAGAGGGAAAAUGAUGGAAAGAGGGGAAAUGAAAGAAAAAAGAAAUGCAUUGAAGGGGCACCAAAACAUCAAAAACAGCUGGUGGAAAAAAUGCACUCCCCAAAUGCCAUGAAUGAUGCUUGUCCAAACAAUACUGAUGCCAAGGAUCUGGUAGAGAAUUUAGUGAGAGGGUUGAAGAAUCAAUUAUUACCAGAUGAAAGGAUAGAAUCUGUUCAUAGCCUUCUGGCAUCUCAAAGCAGCAGCCUAAACGGUGUGUCUGCAGAUUGGAAAUAUGAAGGUUCUGGGUUUCAGGUUCAGGAAGGCCUGUCAGAUGAUGUGGAUAUGGUAUACUCUUUCUAUUAAUGUAUAAAUAAAUUUAAACAAUCAUUAGGAUUGACGCCUUGAUGGCACCUUUUCUUUUCCCCCAAGGGCUAGAAACUUCCACAUUAAAUCUUGGAAUAGGGAAGGAAAACUAAGAGAUUUGAAGUGGCUGAAAGAGUACAGAGUUGGAUCCUCAGUCUCAAUACAAAGCAGCCUGGUUUCCAUGUUCUGAUAUCUGACAUUUAUGCUGCUGCUGGCAAAUGGACUGAUUCUCUAGAGGCAAGGGGUUUUCUGCAGAGGCAUAAUAUUAGGAAGUUGCCCGCAUCAUCCAGCUCAAGGCAAUAGGUUCAUAGAUAGAUAGAUUGGAUUACAUUCUUUACCAGCAAAUGUAAGGCGUACGAGUAUAACCCUAAUAAUCCAUUUUUGUGGACAUAAACUUAGUGAAAGGCAGAAAUAUAAUUAUAGAACUAACUUUUAGUUGUCCUCGACGAUGUAUGCUUCACUUUAGUGUAAGGUCACUACUGCAUGUGAAUCGAGAUAUCUCAAAAGCCCAGGUUGUUAUGCUUGAUGGAAUAUGACGGACUUUAAUCAUCAGCACUUACUCAGGUGAUCUUCUCCAAGUGAUCUCUCAAGAUAUGCAUUACAGUUAAAUCUUGUGGUAACCUCGCCAAAUUUUAGGUGAUGGACAACUUGUUUUGAUUUAUUCUUUCUUAUCAGGAGGUGCGUUCUUGGUGUAAAUACAUAACUUCCUCAGGAUGCUGCUCUAGAGGAGCAAAUACUCAGCAGGUUGUGUGUUUCUUAAAAUGGUGCGUUGAAAAGAUCGACAAAUACUCGAAGGGUGCUUACUUAUUUUAUAAAAUGGACCAGACGUGAACAUACAUAUAAUUUGACAAGUGUUCAUAACUUUCCUUGGUCAAAAUAUAGAGGGAGAUCGACAAAUACUCGAAGGGUUGCCUUCAGUUUUUUGGCCAUCAAGCACAUUUUGAUAAAUAAAAUUACGUUAUCAGAAAAUAGUUCUGCUAAAGCAUCAUGUAUGUAUGCGUAUAAAUUGUAUUAACAUAGUUAAGUUUUGCUGCGUCUGUAGCUUGAUAUGGUCAA